AUGGGUCGAAGCACAGAGGCGCGGCGGCCCCCCAACGAGCAGGCACCACAGGGGCCGGAGCCCUCGGACGACGUGUCCGAUGUGCUAGCACGCACUUCCUUGUCCCUCGCCGGGCAUGCGCUUCCGCCGCCUGCGGCGGUGGCCCAGACGCUCGCACGCUUCAUGCAGCUGCGGCGCUUGGACGUGUCGGAUAUGCAGGCGUCGGACGAUGCACCGUCAGGAUUAAACGACCUUCACUGGCUUGCCAAGGCUGAGCGUUUGAGCAAGAAGCGGGCCCGGGAUGGCGCCUUGCCUCUCUCUCAGCGCUUGACAUGGCUCAACGUCGCAAGUAACGCGGCGCUAGGCAGCCGCGACGAUGACUUGGAUGGCCUCGAGCUGAUGGAGGCUCUGAACGUGCUGAAUGUGUCGCAUUGUGCGCUCAAGGUCCUCCCCCCUGCGAUCAGCGCGCUGCGCGGCCUCAAGGCCCUCGUCCUGUCGCACAACCAUAUCGCCGCCCUCCCCGCUGCAUUUCCCCACCUGCCCGAACUUAAUACACUUGUGCUAUCCAACAACGAGCUGACGCAGCUGCCUGCCACACUGCCCAGCUCCCUUCCGAGCCUAAAGAAGCUGAGCCUGGGCCACAACCGCCUCGAAGGCGGCGGCCUCCCGGACUGGAGCGUGUGCUCGAACCUGCGCGAAGUGCGUCUCGGCGGCAACUCAUCGCUGCGUGUGCUACCCGCACACUUGUCCUCGUGGGGGCGUGGCGUCGAUGGCGGGGCGCCUGGGCUCGUGCUCCUAGAUGUAAGCGACUGCGGGCUCGAUGCGUGGGAGGCCGUGGAGCCACUUGUGACCAUGCCGCAGCAGACCGAGCGGCACGGCCUCGCGAACCUUGUGGCCAAAGGUAAUGGCAUCGCUGAUGACGCCGAGUACCGCGGAAAACUGUGCGCCGCGCUGCCGGCCCUUCGCAUCCUCGACCAUGUGCGUCUAUUCCCGAAAAAGGGCACGCAGGCUGCGCCAGACACGGACGAUGCACCAGCUGCAGACGUGGUGCGUGCAUCCAAGGAAGACGACGAGCCCGCUCCGAUGCCCCGUGCGUCUCGCCCGCGCGAGGUGGCCGCUCCAGCCAUGACUGCGUCGAAGCGUGCCAAGGCGCCGCCCGCGCAUGCGAAGCGGACGCGCGACGAGUCAGCGGCGCCUGCGUCCCGUGACGCCUUCUUUGUGCCCCAAGACAAGGGCCCAGCGGCGUCCGCGCCGACACCAUCCAAGCGGCGGAAAACUGACGCACCGCCUGCUGAGGUGCACGGCGUGGCUGAGCCCAAAAAGCCGCGCAAGCGCAGUGGGCGGGGGCCGAAGCGGCGCGCUGCGGCGCCGCGCGAGGCCGAGGCGCCAGAGAGCCCUGAGCCGCCUGCGCCGGCGGCGCCUGCUCCCCCCAAGACGAAGAAAACGCGGCGGAAGAAGAGCAGCAAGGCAGUCGAGCUAGAUAUGGAUGCGCCUGUCGCCGAGCCUGCGAAGACGCCGGGGCCGGCCCCUCGUGCGCCGUCCCCGCCACCAGCUGCGCGGGCCGACACGGGUGUGGUGCAAAUUGUGGACGUGGGCCGGGCGCAGCGCCCGUCCACGCCGGCGGCGACGCUGCUAGGACGGCGCGAUGACGAGUGGGGCGGCUGGUAG